CCCCCCUCCGCUUUCGCCGCCAAGAAAAUUUAUCCAGUCCAAGUUAUUCUCUAAUUCUCUCACUUUGAUUUAUCCCGUCCAAGAUAUUCUCUAAUUCUCUCAAUUGUCGCGAAAUCAAUCUCUGGCUAUUCGUUCCGAUUAUUAGCCCAGUACAUUUGUUUGUUCGUUGUAUUUGGAGCUGUGCAAAAAAGUCCCAACUCCUUUUUCUUGCACACCACAUGUUUGUUUAAUUGCUUCAAUGGCAUUCACUUCUUACCUCAAGUGCUACCCAUGGGCUCCUCCCCAAAAUAUGAACCGCCCCCUUCUCCCUCAUCAGAUUCCAAAACCCGAAAAUGCAGCCCCAUUCCCACUUUCACGAAUUUACGCAAAACAGCCGCCGCCGGCGCUCUCAUUUGCCGUAUCCUCAGGUACUGCCGGAAUUCCACUUUCCCCAGAUUUCACACCAAAGCAACUCCUCGACAGAGUUCGUUCUGUUGAGGACGAAACCACUGCCCUUCGCCUUCUCAGAUGGGCUAAAAAGCAGCCAAAUUUCGUGCCCACUUUGCCUAUAUAUGAAGAAAUUCUUCAGAAGCUUGGGAACGUGGGGUCUUUCGACUCACUGAGUCAAGUCUUGGACGAUAUGAAGCAUUCGGAAGUCACGGUUUCCGAAGGUACUUUCUUUAUCCUGAUCAACUGUUACGCGAAAUUCGAAUUGUACAAUGAAGCCGUUGGUGUACUUCAUGUGAUGGAAAAGGAAUUCGGGGUUCGGCCGGGAACUCACACCUAUAACUUUCUGUUGAAUGUUCUCGUCGAUGGGAACAAGUUGGUACUUGUAGAAACCGUUCAUUCGAAAAUGCUGAGCGACGGUGUGAAACCGGAUGUUUCGACUUUUAACAUAUUGAUAAAGGCCCUAUGUAAGGCGCAUCAAAUAAGACCCGCGAUUUUAUUAAUGGAGGAAAUGGCUAACUAUGGUUUAGCACCGGAUGAGAAGACUUUCACGACGUUAAUGCAGGGUUAUAUCGAGGAAGGUAAUUUGGGAGGGGCUUUAAGGGUUAGAGAGCAAAUGGUGGCGGCUCAAUGCGCAUGGAGCAAUGUCACGAUAAACGUCUUGAUAAACGGGUUUUGCAAAGAGGGUAGAGUUGAGGAGGCCUUGAUUUUCGUGCAGGAGAUGGCUAAUGAAGGGUUUUGUCCGGAUAAAUUCACGUUCAACACUUUGAUAAGUGGAUUAUGCAAAGUUGGGCAUGUGAAUCAUGCUUUAGAGAUAUUGGAUUUGAUGCUCCAAGAAGGGUUCGAUCCCGAUUUGUUCACGUACAAUGCCGUGAUAUCCGGACUCUGUAAAACGGGCGAAGUUAAAGAGGCGAUGGAAGUUUUAAGUCAGAUGCUUUCGAGGGGUUGUACACCGAAUGCCGUCACGUAUAAUGCGAUCAUCAACACCUUGUGUAAAGAUAACCAAGUGCAAGAAGCUACUGAUCUGGCACGUUUUCUGACAAGCAAAGGCGUUCUGCCCGAUGUGUCGACAUUUAAUUCUCUCAUACAGGGUUUGUGUUUGAGUAGCAACUUUAGCAUUGCGAUGGAUUUAUUCUUCGAGAUGAAGACAAAAGGAUGCAAACCGGACGAGUUCACUUACAACAUACUAAUCGACUGCCUCUGCACAAAAGGCAAGCUCGAUGAAGCACUGAGACUCUUGAAGGACAUGGAAUCGAGUGGGUGCGCAAGAAGUGUAAUAACUUAUAAUACGCUUAUUGACGGAUUCUGCAAAAUCAAGAAAAUCGAAGAAGCGGAGGAGAUAUUCGAUCAGAUGGAAGUGCAAGGUGUGUCGAGAAACCUAGUCACGUACAACACUCUUAUAGAUGGUCUAUCCAAGUGCAAGAGGGUCGACGAAGCUGCUCAGCUAAUGGACCAGAUGUUAAUGGAAGGACUAAAACCCGAUAAAUUCACUUACAAUUCACUCCUUUCGUACUUCUGCAGAACAGGGGACAUUAAAAAGGCAGCGGAUAUCGUUCAGACAAUGACCACAAACGGGUGCGAACCGGACGUUGUGACAUACGGUACCUUAAUUCAGGGUCUCUGUAAAGCUGGAAGGACCGAAAUAGCCUCGAGGCUUUUGAGGAGUAUACAGAUGAAGGGAAUGGUUUUGACUCCACGCGCUUACAACCCCGUUUUGCAGGCACUGUUUAAGAGGAAGAGAAUUAAAGAAGCGAUGAGGCUAUUUCGUGAGAUGGAGGAGAAGAGCGAAGCUCCCGAUGCGGUGUCGUACAAGAUUGCCUUUCGUGGGCUUUGCUGCGGCGGAGGCCCGAUUGCGGAGGCGGUUGAUUUCGCCGUUGAAAUGACGGAGAGAGGGUAUAUUCCGGAAACUUCUACUUUUUAUAUGCUGGCUGAAGGGCUUUGUGCUUUGGACAUGGAGGAAACUCUGGUGAGUCUUGUGGAGAAGGUGAUGGUGAAAGCUAGGUUUUCGGAUAACGAGGCUGCUAUGGUGAUGGGGUUUUUGAGAAUACGUAAGUUUGAGGAUGGGUUGGCUAGUUUCGGCAGGGUUUUGAACAGCCAAAAUCCUCAAAAGGGUUACUGGUGAUUCCGAAAGUUUGUUUGGGGUUAUGUAGCGUGUAGAUUAUCCGUACUCGGUAGUUUCUUGAAUUUUGAAGUUUUUUUAGAGUUUUGAAUCUUGAUUUUAUGGGGGAGGGCAAAGCACGAAAAAACCGAUGGAAUGGAGACUCGGUUUCUUGAAUGAUCUUUCCCGUGUGAUCGUUCGUUGGGAUUGGUCUGGAAAAAUCUGAAAUUUGCUUUUUUCUCAUAUGCUCUGUUAUUUUGCUUUAAGUUUGAUGAGUUAUCUUCUAGAGUACAACUUUGAAGUUGCGUAGCUCGGAAUUCGUGUUUGAUGCAAAUUUUCAACUGCUGCCGAAGCUUGUAAUAGCGAGUUGUAUGAACUGUCUUUCCACUGCGUUACUUAGAGCCUGGUUUCUUUGUUAGAAAUUAAUCUUGUACUUUGCACUUUA